GCCCAUCUUUUUGAAAUGGUGGGGAGGAAAGAAAAGAGGAAAGCAAGAAAGUACUCGGAAAAUAACAAGGCAAUUGACAUGGAAAGCUCUUGGAAAUUACUCUCCUUUUCAAAUCAAUGUCUGUAACCUUUAUUAAUUCUUUUAUGAUGUGAAACGAUUCUAAGACAAACAAAAAGAAAAUUUUUGAAAAAUGGGGUUUUGGGUCUUUGACUCAGAUGAGUCGAUUACGAAUUCAGGAUCUACCUCUUCUAGCUCCAGACAGAGCGGGGAUGAUGCUGGUGAUGAUUCUUUUGAAAGUACUUCUCAGCAUUCUUGUGAUAAUAGUUGCAGUUCAGUGGCAAAUUUCAAGAAAACUGAUGACAUGAACUGGGGCCUCGAACCUGGAUCUCUUGUAAACCCAGACCAUGAAGAUCGUCAGAUGAUUUCCGAUAAAGAUGACCAAAAAGAAGAAGAUAUUGACAUAAGGAGAGGUCCAUGGACUGUGGAAGAAGACAUGACGCUUGUGAAUUAUGUCUGCAGCCAUGGCGAAGGACGCUGGAACGCAGCUGCUCGCUCUGCAGGAUUGAAACGAACUGGUAAAAGCUGUAGAUUAAGAUGGUUAAACUAUUUGCGGCCCGAUAUUCGACGUGGCAACAUAACUCUUGAAGAACAACUCUUAAUUCUUGAACUUCAUUCUCGAUGGGGCAACAGGUGGUCAAAAAUAGCGCAGCAUUUGCCGGGAAGAACAGACAAUGAGAUAAAGAACUACUGGACAAGGAGUGUCCAAAAGCAAGCAAAGCAGCUUAAAUGUGACGUUAAUAGCAAACAAUUUAAAGAUAGUAUGCGCUACCUUUGGAUGCCUCGUUUAAUUGAGCGCAUCCAGGCCGCAUCUGGAUCUUCCACGUGUCAAGCCCCGGUCACAUCCGGAUCUUCCAUGGGUCAAGCCUGGUUCACAUGUGGAUCUUCCACUGGUCAAGACCAGGUCACAUCUGGAUCUUCCAUGGGUCAAUCCCGGUUCGUAUCUGGAUCUUCCACGAGUCAAACCUGGUCCACGGCCGGAUCUUCCACGGGUCAAAACACCCCCUAGCAUCAACACUUGGCAGUAUUAAUGGUUCAAUGUACUAUGAUUGGAAAGACAUAUACCAAACACUUUGUGUGAGAUGAGAUAUAUAAAAAACACUUUUAAGUGUAUCAACUCCCCUGUGUAAACGAAAGGUUAGAUACUCUUUUCUUUUUAAGUAAGGUCAAGAGUUUCAUCUUUAUGGAUGAAGUAAAUAUUGAUUAAAAA